CCGGUAAAUUAUCCAAUGAAAAGGCUUUUAACAACUAAGCGGUAACCACGUUGCUAAGGAAGCCUCCAUUGUUUUGGUACAUCUUGCUGUGCAUUGUCAACAACAUUUUUCACAUUUAAAGAGGAAAGGAAAACAGAAAAAUAUAUCUGUCCAAAAUGGCAAAACUUGUACAGCCACCAACAAGAUUUACACACCAAGACUGGACAACUUCAAACCUCACAAAGUAUGCAAAUGCUGAAGUUGAGCGUGCAGCAGCUGAACGUCUUGUUGAUGAGUCCAAGAGAUUGUCUGAUGAAACUGAGAAAAGAACUGAAAAGACCCAGAGGGAUGUUAACAAAAAAUUCCAACAAAGACUAGAUGAUAUUCGUUAUUGGAAAAAUGAACUUGAUGACAAACUAGCCGGUGUAACAACUGAGAUAGACAAUCUAUUAGCAUUUAAAACAAGAGUUGAGAAAGCUCUAGAGGCCACCCAUGAACCUUUACACAUUGCUAGACAGUGCUUGAUGAACAGGGAGAAGAGGAAGGGCAUUGACUUGGUACAUGAUGAUGUACAGAAAGAAUUAAUCAAAGAGGUUGAAGCUAUUGAAGGAGUACAGGCACUUCUACAGAGGUCAUUAGAACAGGCUACAGAACAAGUCAGGUUGAACAGGAAGGCCAAGUUUCAGUUGGAGAAGGAUUUGAAGGACAAGUUCAGUGUACUAUCUAUUGAUGAGUAUUGUGAAAGUCUCAAAAAUAACUCUCAAAAUAUUGGAUUCAAGGACGGAACAGCCAAAAUUGAAGCAAACUCUGUGACACCCGAAGACUGGCAGGAUUUCUCCCAUAAAAACAUUGAGAAAGCCGAGCGUGAACGCCAGAGUUCUGUCGACCUGAGGUCCAUGAUCGACGGCAUUCUUCAACAGACUUCCAAUGACAUGCGUAAAGAAUGCAGUGAGGUUAAUGUUGCCUUCAACAAGAGAAUCAAUGAGUGUAAAGAUACCAAAAGCAAGCUUGAAGACCAUCUCAACAAGGUUGUUGCCCAGAUCAAGGAAAUGGAGGAGAACAUUUCACGUCUUCAGAAGGCCAUUCAGGACAAGGAACAACCGAUGAAGCUUGCACAGACCAGACUCGAUACUCGCACCCAGCGACCUAACGUUGAGCUCUGCCGUGACCCUGUACAAUACAGACUGAUUGAGGAGGUUCAUGAGAUAGAGGGAUCAGUAGCCGGACUCCAGGCACGUCUAGCCGAGGCCGAGUCAUCAUUGAAGGGUUUGAUCCGUAACCAGCUUUCAUUGGAGGAGGACAUUGAAAUUAAAUCAAACACCUUGUUUAUUGAUGAAGUUGAAUGCAUGGGCAUGAGGAAAAGCAUAAAUAUCCAGAAUUUCUAGGGAACUAUUGGCUCUUAACUAUAGUGAAUUUAUAAAUAAUGUUUUGAUACUAGGAUAUACAUUACUUGUUGGAAUAAAAAAUGAAAAUCUAACAGUUGAUUUCUGUUUCAUACGGAAUUAAAUGAA